AUGGCUGCGCCCACCCUGCUGCCCCCCAACCUCCGCCAGGGCCUGGCAGCCGCCAGCAGCUCCUUCUUCACCAACAACAGGACAGGAGACAGCGGCACAGCCCCCAGACACCACCCAGCCCCCGAGGUGCUGGCCAGCCUGCCUCUUCAGAUGAUGCUCUACUUCAACGGCUACUACUUCCCUGUCUGGUGCCUGGCUGAGGGAAUGAUGCUGCAGCUGAAGUACCAGCUGCUGCCGCCGCACUACCAGUUCCUGCUGGUCGCUGCCCUGCUCGUCCUCUCGCUGGCCGAGGGCUGCCGCCUGUACCUGGGCUCCGUGGGGAACCUGCAGGAGAAGGUGCCCGAGCUGGCCGGCUUCCUCCUGCUCUCCGUGCUGAUCCAGCUGCCCGUGCUGCUGUUCCUGCUGACGGACGGGCGCGUCCUGCUCCUGCCGCUGGAGACGGCCGUGCGCGGCCCGUUCCUCGCCUUCCUCCUGGCCGAGACGGCGGCCGCCUUCCUGGCGCUGCGGGCCAUGGCGCGGCGGCUGACGGCGCGGUUCCGCCUGCGCCAGCUCCCGCGGGGCGCCGGGGCCGGGCUGAUGCCGGGGGACACCCCCCGCCGCCGUUAG